CCUGCAGAACCUCUCCUUCCCCUUCUCCUCCUUCUCCUCCUUCUCCUCCUCCUUCCACCAUGUUUCCUCUGCAGCUGCUCGCUCUGCUCUUCAUCUCCACGCCGAGACCCGAGCCGAGGGACAGGAAGAGACAGAGGACGGAGGAGGCGGUGGACAAGGGGACGGACAGGAAGAAGUGUGGGGGGACUCUGAGGAGGGGGGACCUGCUGGAGGUCCCCAGGACUCUGUUCACUCACUUUGGGAUCUACCUGGGCGGGGACAGAGUGGCUCACUUCAUCCCAGACAUCCUGCCCGUCGUCUGCAGCGACCAGUUCAGGAUUAAACAGAUGGUGACCAACAGCAGGCUGCUGCUGGGAGUCCUGGCCAAGUGUGGCAGUGUGAGGGUGGACUCAGUGGAGGACUUUGCUUACGGAUCAGAGAUCCUCGUCAACACCAUGGACACGGUGUGCAGCCGCCCGGCGCUGCAGGCGGAGGAGGUGGCGAGGAGGGCGGAGAAGCUGCAGGGCCACGUGAGCUACAGCCUGCUGUGGUACAACUGUGAACACUACGUCAUGUACUGUCGAUACGGCACCGUCAUGAGCUACCAGACCUUCCAGUUCUGUAAGACGGUGAGGAAGCUGCUGCUGAGUCGGCGUGUGGCGAAGGCGGGGCUGCUGCUGGGGGUGUGUGUGCUGCUGCAGCUGCAGGCGGUGAGCGCCGGCGCCGCCCUGCUGGCCCUGCUGCUGCCCUUCCUCAUCUGGAUGGCUGCAUGAACA